AUGGCGGGCCCGGAACAUCUCAAUGUUUUCACUGGGCCGGACUCAGUACGCAAGUACUUUGACCCCGAAUUUUCCCCUCCGCUCCCUCUCGUCGAGAUUCCCGAUUCUAUCAAUCCCUUCCGUCAAGAUGGUGUUCGCAUCUAUGCCAAGAUGAUGUCAAUUCACCCGGCGACCAACGUCAAGGUCAUGCCAGCCAUGAACCUCUUGGAAAAGGGCGUCCAACCUGGAACUACAAAGACUGUCGUCGAGAGUAGCUCGGGCUCAACUGUCAUCUCAAUGGCCAUGGUCGCCCGCGCCUUUCACGGCAUUGAUGAUGUCCACGCCUUUCUCAGCAACAAGACCAGCGAAACGAAGUUGCGUCUGAUGCAAUUUUUUGGAUUGGACGUCACUCUGAUUGGUGGUCCAGCCCAGCCUACACCCAUUGAUGAGAGGGGUGGCAUCCGCGCUGCUGCUCGCAAGGCCGCUGAGUCUGACUCGGUCUGCAGUCCCAACCAGUACAUCAACGACGAUAACUGGAAAUCCCAUGUCCGAUGGACGGGCCCACAAAUUCACCGACAGCUUCCAGAGAUCAACGUCAUCGUUGCGUCCAUGGGAACGUCCGGCACUAUGACUGGUUUGGGCACCUACUUCAAGGAGGCAAAGCCAUCAGUCUACCGCAUUGCUGUCUGCACCAACGCUGGAGAGCGUGUUCCUGGUCCUCGCGAGUACUCACUCAUGGAGGAGGUCAAGUUCCCGUACAAGGCCGCCCAUGAUGCCCUCGAGGAGGUCGGAGCCAAGGACUCCUACUCCCUCUCUUUAGACCUUUCCCGACAAGGAAUUGUCUGUGGUCCUUCCUCGGGCAUCACCCUCAAGGGUUUGUUUCAGCGAAUCGAAAAGAUGAAGCAGGAAGGGACUCUUUCCAAGCUUGCUGGGCCAGAUGGAGAGAUCAACUGCGUUUUCAUGUGCAGCGAUCUCCCCUACCAGUACUUGAAUGAGUACUUUGAUCAGCUGGGACCUGAGAAGUUCCGUCCCCUUCGCAACGAGAGGCUGAGACGGGUUGAUCUCUAUCGAUAUGACGACAGCUGGGAGCUCGAGGCACUCUUUGCUCUGUCUACUUACUUCUCUAUUCACCCUCUGGGCACCCAUGACACUGUCCUCUCGCUGGCAGACCAACUCGACAAGGUCAUGACCGCCAGAGGCAACACGCAGAUUCUGGACUUCCGCCGCUCAUCCGAUUUUGAUGCCUUCCACCUUCCUAAUUCCGUCAACAUCCCCCUUGACACCCUCAGAGACGGCGCCUCCAGAGGCAGCCCUUUCGCCAACCCUGCAGAUGACUGCACCAUGCUCGAGGAGAUUUGGCUCGAGCUCGAUGACCUCUUCACCGUCAAGGACAAGAACGGCAAGCGCAACGCCAGCGCCGAGGCCUUGAUGGCCGUCCUUCGCGGUAAGAAGGUUCUGACUCUAUGCUACGACGGCGACAGUGCCAGAGUCGCCAACAGCGUCCUUCGUGCCAAGGGCGUUGAGGCGGAGAGUAUCCGCGGUGGCUACAGUGCCUUGGAGAAGUUGCAGAUGCCCUGCAAUGACACCUGCAAGGUUGCUGCCCUCCCAGUCUCUGUCGAGGUUUAA